CCCCUUCCAAAGAGACCAUCAGUGCUGCUGACCGCCAUUGUUCGUGACUUGGACAGGAGAAGCGGAGCAAAAAAACCCCAGAGUCAGCCCCAGCUGGGGUGGGAGGCCUUGAACCAUGAAGAAGCAAAGCUCAGCAGAUCUUUGGCCAGGUGGCAGCAGAAGGCCAGGAGAGCUGGUGGAGAAAGCCAGGCAGCGUCAGCCCCGUCCUGGGGCCACCGCAGAGGACCACUCUGAGCAGGCGAGAAGAUCCCAGCUAGCAAUAAGAAAUCAAAACAUCUCAAAAGGAACACAUUCUGUUUCAUGAUGAAUAACCAAGCCAGAAAAAGUCUUGCUCGCUGAACUGACCUCUGUUGCAGCCGCUCGUGAGAACGCUCCCUCCGUCCUUCAUGCGACGGCGUUGCGGUGGUGAAAAGGUCCAGCAAAGGAAAAGAGAAUGAGAAGGGGGGGCUGGCUUUGGACAGGGCUCGCCAUGGUCCUGGCAGCCACCAGCGUGGAGAGCUUCUCAAGCCCCAGGUGUGGCGGGUGCUCCAUGGAGGUGAGAAGCCACACCGUGUCCUACCUCGCCUCCCGUGUCCAGCCGGUCCACCAGCCCUACCUCACACUGUGUCCGGGAAAUAGGCUCUGCAGUACAUACAGAACUACCUAUAAAGUCAGCCAUCGCCAGGCUUAUCGGAAGAUUUCCCGGCCGGAAUACGUUUGCGGUCCUGAAUGGAAGCAGAGAAGCGCUUUCUCUAGGCUCAGAUGUCCCACAGCUCCUAUUUGCCGACCGCCCUGCCAGCCCAGCCGGAAAUGUUCGCUCCCAAAUGACUGCGCCUGUCCUGGAUGGACCGGGAGAUGUUGCCAGACAGACGUGGACGAGUGUGCGGCCGGGAGACACGGCUGCAGCCAGCUUUGCAUCAACACAGCCGGAAGUUAUCGCUGCGCUUGCCAUCCAGGGUACGGGCUCCAUGCGGAUGGACAAUCGUGUCAGGCUCUGAAAGUGCCCCCCACCCCAGCUCCCGCAGCAGGAAGUGACGACCUUCCCGUUCAAGAGGAAGUGAGAGAGCUGAGAAGCCGGUUGGCAGCUUUGGAAGAAAAGUUCCAGCUCGUUUUGGCACCCUUCCUCAAGGUGGACCCGCCUGGCGCCGGAGAGGGCCUGCUGGUCCACGUGAUGCAGCAACUGGACCGAAUAGACUCGCUCAGCGAGCAGAUCUCUUUCCUGGAGGAGCGUCUGGAAACCUGUUCCUGCAAGAACCAGCUCUGAGGCUGAAGGAAGGAUGGAGGUCCUCACUGCUCCCGCAUCCCGUGUUUUUCCGGUGUGUGUCUCUCCGUUGAGUAGCAACUGAGCCUUGUUCCAGCAACCCAGCCAAGCAAAGGCAGCGGAGAAGAUUAAGAGGCUGGAAAUAUCACGUUCUCAGCAAGCCCACUCCUCCAGCUGGCCGGCUUUCAGGAAUGGUCACUUCUCCCAAACCCGUGGGCCAGAGGUUGUGGGAGGGAGACAGACAGCCUCCAGGCAAAACAUCCCUUGAACCAGAAAGCAUCUUGUUGCUGAAUGGACAGAAUCGGGAGCAGUGGGCUGGUCUCGCCUCCCCCCCUCCCCCAGGUACAAGGCAGCUGUUUAAAAAAAAGGGGGGGGGGCUUUGUCAAAGCUCAGAAGCUGCUCUUUUCCAGGCUGUUACCCCAAAAUAUCUUGGCAAGGCAGGGUUAUUUUCGUGGGGAGGGUGGCGCUAAACCAGCUCCCCCCCCCGUGUAAAUGCACCGUUUGUGUCCUGCUUGCUUCCCUUUCCAAUUGUAGGCAAACUCCCAGGGCGUUUCCCAUGUCCCUCUCCCUUUUUAAGAAAAAUAUAGAACAGAAAGGUAGGGCUGGAAAGGGACUUUGGAGGUCUUCUAGACUCUAGUCCAGGGGUAGGCAAUCUUGGCUCUUUUAUCACUCGUGGACUUCAAUUCCCAGAA